AUGGCCAAUCACUCCCGUGACGCACUACGCGAAUGGGAGAGACUGCAGGCCUUGCUACAUGGCAAUGAUGCUGUGCUUCUGGAUGGCAAGAGCUUGGACAUUGCGGGAGUUAUCGCAGUGACAAAAUACGGUGUUACUCCAGCGCUGGACGAGGAGACUGGGACUAUCGAUAGGAUCAAUGCGAGUGUUGAUAUUCUUAGAGAGCAUUUGAAAAAGGGAGACCUUGUAUAUGGCGUCAACACCGGGUUCGGUGGCAGUGCGGAUGUACGCACCACCUCCCUGGAAAAUCUACAGAAGGCUCUGAUCCAGCAUCAGAACUCUGGAAUCCUUGCAUCAUCUGACAUAUCAGGUUCCGCCCUCCCUGCUGCAGACACUGACUCGCUCUCGAUGCCAACGUCCUGGUCUCGCGGAACGAUCCUCAUUCGUGUCAAUUCUCUAGUUCGGGGCCAUUCCGCCGUGUCCCUUCAGAUAAUUCGAAUCCUCAUCAAGCUUCUUGAGUGUGGCGUCACGCCAGUCAUUCCUCUUAGGGGAUCCAUCUCGGCUUCCGGUGACUUGAUCCCCCUCUCAUAUGUGGCAAGCGUCAUUAAGGGAAAUCCUUCCACGUAUGUCCGUCUCAGUCAGAAGCACGGCUAUCGUGUCGUUCCCUCUCCAGUUGGACUCGAAGUUGCGGGAAUAUCUCCAGUCACGCUCGGCCCGAAGGAGGGACUUGGUCUGCUGAAUGGGACCGCUACUUCAGCUUCCGUGGCAUCGCUGGUGCUUUUUGAGACCAACAAUCUAGCGGUGCUCAGCCAGGUCAUUACGGCAUUGAAUGUGGAAGCGCUCCAGGGUACUGCUGAGUCUUUUCAUCCUUUCAUUGCUUCGGUGCGUCCGCAUCCUGGCCAAGUCGAGGCUGCAUCCAACAUUCUCUCCUUCUUGGAGGGUUCCAGGCUUGCCAUGGGCGUACUAACGUCCAAGAGUAUGAUUGUAUCUGGCCUUGCUCAAGAUCGCUACGCUCUCCGAACUGCUUCACAGUGGAUUGGACCUCUGCUGGAGGAUCUCGCUCUUGCGACAAACCAAGUUCGCGUCGAGUUAAACGCAACAACUGACAAUCCACUCCUUGAUGCGACUGAUGGUGUUGUUCAUCAUGGAGGCAACUUCCAAGGGCUGCACGUCACCAUGGCAAUGGAAAAGGCUCGCCUCUGUCUCGCAACCCUUGGCAAGCUUCUUUUCGCGCAGACCACAGAGCUCAUCAACCCAGCCAUGAACCGUGGACUUCCCCCAAACCUUGCACCCGAUGACCCUUCUACGUCAUUUGUGGCAAAGGGCAUCGAUAUAGCUGCUGCUGCGUACUACUCGGAACUGGCAUUCCUCGCCAAUCCAGUAGUGACCCACGCUCAGAGCGCGGAGAUGCACAAUCAAGCGGUAAACAGCCUGGCUCUUGUCGCAGGGCGCUAUGCAGAGAAAGCUGUUGAGAUCCUUAGUGGACUUGCGGCUAGCUCACUGUGGGCAGGCCUUCAGGGGGUUGACCUGCGCGUGUGCCAGGUUCGAUUCAUGGAUGCCCUUCAUGACAAGGCACAUACCCUUUUCAGGCGGGCUCUUUCAGAUGAUCUGAGUAAGAGUUUGGAUUCUGCUGCUGACCCUGCUGUGUUUUCGGACUCGGUUUACUCUUCUCUCUGGUUCAGCCUCGCGGGUUCUUGGAACGAAACUACAAAGCUCGACCUCGAGCCUCGAUGCAGUUCCGUUGCCGAAAUCAUGACUGGGACUCUCCUCUCCACUGUCUUAUCGGAUCAAACGAAUCCUCAACCGACAAUCGCUGGGCUUGCUACCUUCAGAACAGAGCUCAAAAGCUUGCUGCACGAAACACAUUCGGCCACUAUGGGCGAGAUGGAGGACGAUCACGAGAAGAUCACCCCUCAGUAUCUUAGUCACAACGGCCGGGUAAUCUAUCACUUUGUGAGAGGGAGUCUUGGAAUAAAAUUUCACCUUGGACGCAAAGACGACCCUUUGAACGACAUCGCAGCUGGUGCAUCUGCGAAGCUAACGAUUGGAGGGCAAGUUGGUGUCAUCAACCAGGCGAUCCGUGAUGGUAGGGUUUCCGGCGUGGUCAUGGAGAUUUUGAAAGAAAUGGCUUGA